AUGGCUCAUUCGGGCGGCCAGCAGGGCGAGAUGACAGAAUACAAGAAGAUUCUCAUCAAACGGGACUUGGAGAUGGGUGUGGUCAUGACCGUGUUUCGGCAGAAAGUGGAGCGCCUGACUGUGCAGGUCAUCAUGGAGACACGUCAGGUGGCGUGGACGCGCACUGCAGACAAGACCGACGGUGUUUUGGACUUGUUUGAGAUCAGAGAAAUUCGUCCUGGAAGAAACUCUAAGGACUUUGAGCGCUUCAGAGACGGGAAGGACAAACACAGCGACAGCAGCUGCUUCACCAUCUUCUACGGCUCCCAGUUUGUCCUCAACACCCUGAGUCUGGGAGCUGAUUCUGUGGACGAGGCUCAGAAGUGGCUGCUUGGACUAGAGCUGCUGAGGCAGGAGACGGUGGCAGCUCCCACUCCAGUCCUCAUCGAGAGCUGGCUGAGGAAGCAGAUGUAUUCUGUUAAUCAGACCAAAACAAACAGGAUCUCCUUAAAGGAAAUGAAAGCUCUUCUUCCUUUACUCAACUACAAGGCUCCGAGCUCUCGGGUUCUCAAAGACAAGUUCCAGGAAGUGGGAGCAAAGAAAGAUCACCUGGACUUCGAGCAGUUUCAUAAAUUGUACAACCUUAUAAUGUUUGAACAGAACGAGAUCCUCGAUGAGUUCAAACAGGACUCAUGUGCUUUUAUUCUGGGUAACACAGAUAAACCAGACGCCUCGGUGGUUCUGCUCCAUGACUUCCAGCGAUUCCUCAUCUACCAGCAAAAGGAAUCCUGGGCCUCCGAUCUGAACCAGGUCAGAGAACUCAUGACCACCUUCAUCGACGACACCAUGAGAAAAACCAACGACCCUGAGUUCACCAUCGGUGAAUUCCUGGGUUUCCUGUUCUCUAAGGAGAAUUCUCUGUGGGACGACAAGUUCUCAGAGAUGAACCACCUGGACAUGAACAAUCCUCUGUCCCACUACUGGAUCAGCUCCUCUCACAACACUUACCUGACCGGUGAUCAGCUGCGUAGUGAGUCGUCCACUGAGGCUUACGUGCGCUGCCUGCGUCUUGGCUGCCGCUGCGUGGAACUGGACUGUUGGGAAGGACCAGGGGAGCCCAUCAUCUACCACGGCUGGACCAGAACAACCAAGAUCAAGUUUGAAGACGUGGUCAAAGCCAUUAAUGACCAUGCGUUUGUCACGUCAGAGUUCCCGGUGAUCUUGUCCAUCGAGGAGCACUGUCCGUUAGAACAGCAGCGUCAGAUGGCUCGCAUCUUCAGAGACGUGUUUGGAAACAAACUGCUGACAGAACCUGUGGAGCUGAUGGCCGAGCACCUUCCUUCACCCACACAGCUGAAGGGCAAGAUCAUCAUCAAGCACAAGAAGCUCAGUGUGGAGGGAGGAGAAGUCACUAAAGACCUGAGGAAGGGGCAGAAACAGGGAGACCUGGAGAUCUGGGAUCCUGUGGACCAGCUGUGGAAGAAACAUUACUGCGUGAUCCGAGACGAUAAGCUGUAUUACGCUGAGGAGGAGGAGGAGGAGGAGCAGGUGGAAGAUCCUAGGAAGUACAAAGACCUCCAC